AUGUAUCCAAACUUCUAUCAGAGCAUCCCCAUUGCGGCACCCACGAAGAUCAAGAAUCCCAAUGCCAGAAAAGGACAGCCGGCAGACCAAAACCUCGAUAUCAUAAGCCGUGAUCCUUGUGCUAUUUCUCCCUCUCUUGGGACGGGGGCAGCGGGCCAAGGUGUUACUGUUGGUCCAUUGGACGGGCGAACGGAAGAUGGUUGUUUCAAUACCGGAAUACAUUGA